UUCCCCGUCCAGGCAGGCAGCGGGCGGUGGGGGAGUUAUAGGAGAGGAUCCAUGCGGGGUUAUUGACAAGCCGGUCGUGAGUCAGUACAAAGGCUCCGUGUAGAGGCGCUUGUAGUUACUGUGACGUAGAAGCGUCAGGAAGGUGUUCGUAUACUUCGUUAGCCUGAGAGUUUAAUAAACGGCAGCAGCGCGUGCGUGAAAUGUUUCUUUAUUUGAACCGAGGGUCGUUAAGCCCGUUUUUGCCCUAGCUCUGUGACUCGUGCACCGCGCGCGCGUGUAUAUUGAUAGAUAGAUAGAUAGAUAUUAUAUUAUAUUAUAUUAUAUGUGCACGUGCCUCGGUAGUCUGACCGUAGCCUGACUAGGAGGACAUCGAGAACAUAAUCCAGGAGGAGAUCGAGAACGUACCCAAAGAGGAGAUCGAGAACGUACUCAAGGAGGAGAUCGAGAGAACGUAAUCAGGAAGGGGUUGAGAACGUACCCCAUUUACACCUAAACAUGGCCAAACUGGAGCAGAAGAAGAACAUCAGCACUUUGGCCUUUGGUGACAAAACUGCGGAGGAGAAAGAGGAGGAGGAGGAGGAGGAGGAGGUGGACGUGAGUAACGGUCUGACUGAGCCGCCGGUAACCGGAGCUGUUCACGAGCCUGGGGUCAGAACCAAACCUGGCAAACGGAGCACCGAGAGCGAGGUGUAUGACGAUGGAACCAACACUUUCUUCUGGCGAGCGCACACACUGACCGUCUUAUUCAUCCUGACCUGCGCUCUGGUGUACGUGACUUUGCUGGAGGAGACGCCACAAGACACGGCAUAUAACACCAAGAGAGGGAUCAUAGCCAGCAUUUUGGUGUUUCUAUGUUUCGGAGUAACGCAGGCAAAAGACGGCCCUUUCUCACGGCCACAUCCAGCAUACUGGCGCUUCUGGUUGUGUGUCAGCGUUGUCUAUGAGCUGUUCCUCAUCUUCAUUCUUUUCCAGACGGUGCAGGACGGACGUCUGUUUAUGAAGUACAUAGAUCCGAAGUUGGGAGUUCCUCUUCCAGAGAGAGACUAUGGAGGAAACUGUCUUCUCUACGAUCCCGGAAACACCACUGACCCCUUCCACAACAUCUGGGAUAAAAUGGAAAUUCUAAUGGAAAUUGUUCCUGCACAUUUUCUUGGUUGGUACAUUAAGACAUUGAUGAUUCGAGACUGGUGGAUGUGUAUGAUAAUUAGCGUGAUGUUCGAGUUUCUGGAGUACAGUCUUGAGCAUCAGCUGCCAAACUUUUCAGAGUGCUGGUGGGACCAUUGGAUUAUGGAUGUGCUCUUGUGUAACGGUUUGGGGAUUUAUUGCGGCAUGAAGACGCUGGGCUGGCUUUCGAUGAAGCCGUACCAGUGGCAGGGUCUGUGGAACAUUCCUACCUAUAAGGGGAAGAUAAAGCGUAUCGCAUUCCAGUUCACGCCGUACAGCUGGGUAAAGUUCGAGUGGAGACCGGCAUCAAACCUGCGCCGGUGGCUCGCCGUGCUCGGCAUCAUCUUCAUGUUUUUACUGGCGGAGCUAAACACCUUCUAUUUGAAGUUUGUGUUAUGGAUGCCACCUGAACAUUACCUGGUGCUGCUGAGACUUGUGUUCUUCGUCAAUGUGGGUGGAGUGGCCAUGAGGGAAAUCUACGACUUUAUGGACGACCCAAAGUUCCAUAAGAAGCUGGGCCAGCAGGCCUGGAUUGUGGCAGCCAUCACAGUAACCGAGUUUCUCAUCGUAGUGAAGUACGACCCCAACACCAUCAUGUUACCAAUCCCCUUCUUCAUCACGCAAUGUUGGAUCCUCGGCAUUGUUCUCAUCCUCACUUGGACACUGUGGCGUUUCUUUUUACGCGAUAUCACACUUCGUUACAAAGAGACGCAAAGGCGUAAGCAGGAGGGUUCGGCCGAGCACGAGCGCCCCACCGGCAGCAAGACCCCCGUGACGUCCGGUCGCAGCAAACUGAAUGGAAACACAGACCCCUUACGUCUGCGCAAGUCUUGAGGCGACGAUGCUGCGUUGCAAGCGUCCAGCACCAUGUGAUUUACCCUGUGUGCAUCCGUCCGCCCGUCUUUUCCUGAACCAUUCCAACGCUCCUUUGCUGCAAACACACCCCCAAACACACACACUCACAUACUCACAUACUCGGCAACAGUGAGUUCAUGUUACACAGCCAGAAGGUUAAUGAAUUUAUUUAUUUUAAAAAAAUGUUUUGCAUGAUUUAUUAUUUGGAGCUGUAAGAUCCAGAGCAUGAGUACAUCUUAGAAAUAUAUAAACGGAUGCAUGACGGAAUUACGGACAAAAACGCUCCGUUCUUCCAGAUGCCUUAUCGACUCCUGUAAAAAGAAAGAAGGAUUUAACCGUGGUACUGUACCUUUCCUCAGCAAUGCGACGCUAACCUCAAACACAUUCUUACAUGUGUGUCUUUUAACCUUAGUUUAACCUCUAAAUUGUUCCUGGAUCUUUUUCUUUUCUUUUUUUUUAAUGAAAGUCACAACUUUUCUGUUUCUAUGUAACAACACAACAACAAAAAAGUUCUCCAGUGAAAAGGAAAGGUACAGUUCAUCUUUGUAGAUGAUUCUGAAUCAUUGAUGUGUUCAAGGGGUGGCUUAUUUCUUAUUUUUUUUUUCUUUUUUUCUUCUUUAAAAAAAAAAACAAUUCUGUUCUUUUUGCUGCUACGCAAUAAGACAGGAAGGUCGGCGUGAGAGUCGAACUCAUUACAGAUUUUUUUUUAGGCUUUAACUUUACAAGUCCUGGAGUUAGCGCUGUUACACAGUGCUAGCAGUACCACUUGCUUGAACACACACGCACACACACUUCAACAGCUCGAGCGUUGCUUUUCCCUUCAUGUUAAAACAGGGACUGAAGCACUCUCAGGAGACCCGACACUCUUAUCACAUGAUGUUUCUCAGGUAUUUUUUUCCCCCUUUAGAGAAACAGCCAGAGUCCUCAGUAUGCACCAGAAGGUUGCUGCUGAUGCUGCACAAGCGAGCUGUACAUCAGUACAUUACAGCACUACAGUACAUCACACUCAUAAGUGCGCAAGAGGAAAAUAGACGAAACGGUGGACCGGUCACACUUUUUAUGGACCAAUCUUGCGUUUUAUUUUACUUUUGACAUUUAUUUUUUUUUAUUAUUAUUCACAUUUUUCAUGGACUGUUACCAUGAUCGUUGCUGCUCCAGCCACAGAACAAAUGUUAGAAGGCUUGCAUGCUAAAUGCAAGCCUACGUGUUCUCGAUCCUCCGCCUACUUUAAGCCUAUGGUAAGGUCCGUUUAUUGAAGCGUCGGUGUCUCAUGUGCUCAGUGCGACCGUUUUAAAUCGGAUAAACGUGUAGAUAAAUAGCGACAAAAGCGCAUAUUCUGGUGGUGUUUGUGAGUGGUGCAAUAGAAAGGUGGAGGGUGUGUCUUACAGUUCACCUCUUUCCUAACAAUUAGCAGAAACGGACAGACUCAUCUCACAUCAUGUCCAAAAUGCUGCUGCUAUUAUAAUCUUUAUACUACUAAUGUACAUUUUUACAUUUAGUCUUAUGUUGAAAUGGGUUGCCAGCACCAUCAGAACAACCUCUUACUACUGCUACUACUACUACGUAUUACGCUAGGUGUAUUUCUUUCCUUUAUGUAACAUAGGGUUUUAAAUAAUGUUCCAAAAUACUCUAGGAUAAAAAUUUUUUAACACAUUUUGUCUUAGAUUUUUUUUAAGAGUGUUCAAAUGAGUGAGUGUCAGACAGGGGAUUACGCCACCAUUCGAAUCGACUCCUAAACGCAAAGCCGGGCGAUAUGACUAAAAAAUAUCAUAUUGUAAAUUCUUAUUAGAUCUUUCGAUUCAUAUGUAUCACCGAAUAUGGAUUGAUUUACCAUUUUCCAGCAGUGCAGUAGUGGUGCUUUUGUCUUUUUAGCAAAUUUGUAAUUUUUUUUUUAAAUAAGCACAGAGAAAUCAUCGACAUAACAAUCAAUAUUUAACAGUGAAACAAGCUGUACACAAGCCUCUUUUUUUUAUGGAGAAGAUUGUGAAAAUGUAUCUCUAUUGAUAUCGUAUGGUCAUAUCGUCCAGUCCUGCUGAUCUCUCACACACCCUGUGUUGGCUCCAAGCAGCACAAGGGAUCGAAUCAGCGUAGGUUUCAAGUUCAGUAGUAUAUACAAAACCUCAUACCUUUAGAAAUUAUAAAAUGUUUUUUUCUUGAAUGAACAAUAGCAGUAAAAAAAAAAAAGCGAAUUCACAGUGUAAGCUGUUUGUCACUAAGCUUGUUUAGAUAAUUGUUCUCGCUAGUACAGGUGAAGUACUAAACUCACUGAGACUCGUUUUGUGGAACGUGGACGUAAUCUGAAAAUGUCGUCUCCUUCACACGUGUUUAUUAUCCAGAUUUAUUUUUGAAUAACAUUUCUGAAACUACUACUGAAACGAAACCCACCUGUCUGUAGCUAUAGGUGGUGGGUUUACUGAAUGUCAGCUAUAACUAAUUUUCUUUCUAACGAACGACUGCCCAUCUUAAACGUUUCUCUCAAAGGCUCGAGUCUUCACUCUGUCCCCAUGCUAACGUAGCUGUCUGCAUGAUGGAUGUUAAUAUAGAUAAGCAAUUUGUGUGUAGGUGUGAUUUUUGGAUGUGGUGUUUCUUCAGGGCAAUAAGCUCAUCUCUAUUUUUCACUACAACAAGGUGUGAGAGAAUGUCAUGAAGAAAGCCCAUUACUGAAAGAGAAGCCUAUAUGAAUUGUUUUAUAAAUAAAACAAAUCUGUCUUUUCA